AUGGGGCUCGUGCAGGGCAGUUGGUUGCAGAUGACCACCCCUUCCCAGCCUGCCCAGUUCUCCGGGCCCAGAAACUCCUGGCUGCAGCUUGUUCCUCAUAUCUGCUGCAGACACCUGGGGAGGUUCCCUGACAAAGGCAGCUUUCAUCAGGUCUCCUCUCAAGAUGCCCCAGGGGAGAUGUGCAAAGAAACACCUCCUGGAGCCCAACAGCUGUGGCGGGAAAAGUCUGCUCCCCAUGUCCUCCAUGUCUUCUCUGCCCAAAAGGCCUCUGCCUCGAGCCUCAAGCAUUUCUCCAGCUUUUGUCCAGGCUUAGUUCCUGCCUUAGUUUCCACUCACUCAGAUUCAUCCCUGAGAGCCUUGCCAACACCACAGCCUCUCUUUUCCCUGGAUAGUCUUCCACCCACUUGUUUUCUCUCCUUCCCACCAUGUCAUCCUGAUACAGGGACCUGCCUUCCACCUCAGAACCAUUAG